AUAAUCUGAAAGGUCAUUCUUUUACGGCGGUUGUUUGAACACUGCCGCAAAUAUAUUCUGCAUUUUUUUAAUUCCCUCUAAAAAAAAUUGGAUUCUCUCCAAUUAAUUUGUUAAAUGACAUCGUGUUUCACCUAUUUAUCCUAAUUGAUUAGUUUUUCCUUCUAUAUCAAGUUCUGUUGAAGAGUCAGCAGUGAAACUCCAGCGUCAGAGGUCGUUCGAAGCACCAUUGCUGCACUGCAGCACCAUUGUCAAAGGAAAACACUGAGUACACGGGGAGCUGUCUUGAGCUGAUAGCUUCCUUGAUGGGGAUGGUGCAGAGGAGGGAGACGCUGUUUGGUCUCCACGAUAUCCAGAUCCCAUCUGUACCGCUGGCUCCGGUGGCUGCAGCUGCAACAGCAGCAGCAGCAGUUACAACAGCAGCAGCAGCAGCACCGGCACCGGCAGUACCUCCUCUAGUAGCAGGGAGGAGAGGCAGGGACAGGGGCACCCGAGGCCAGAGCAGCCCUUCAAAGCCCAUCUUGAGUGAUGACGAUGCUGAGACUAGUGAUUCUGAGAAGGUAGCGAGUCGGCAUUCGGAGUCAUCCGAGAGUGGAGAUGGUGAUGCUAGUUAGGGAUCCGAUAGCAGAGGUGUUGAUGCUGCGGACUUUGAGGCAGAGAGCGGAGAGGAUACCGGCUCGGGUUUUGGUUCAAAGAUUGAUUUGGACAACGGUGCCGAUGAAGAUAGUGCCCCCAAGUCCUCUCCUCCGAGGAAGAGGACGAAGAGGGCCUCUCGAGCCUGAGUCGAUUGGCGUUGAUUUUUUUUGUACUUUGCUUAGUUUCUUUUUGUUUGGUAGCAUUAGCAAAUGUAUAGUUUCAAAUAGGUUUAUUUUGCUUUGAAACUUGUACUCUUUUUUUGUAAAAAUCAUGAUCGGAAUAAAACCUUGUAGUUU